GCCUAAUCCUCCAAGUGUUUUCAAACCCAUCUGCUUAUAUAUACCCUUCUUCUCUCUAAUCGAUCCUGCACUAGUGUUAACAAUAAUAAUAUUCCUUUUCUCUCUUGGUCUCUCUCUCUCUCUCUCUCUUUCUGUCAUCUCUCUGUCUAUUUACUUUUUUUGGGUUCCAAUCAAUCAGUCACUCGAAUUGAAGAAAUUAAAGAUGGUUGUUGUGGAUGGGAACAGCAGAUCAGGCAGUUGCGACUCCAAAGAAUUACGUGAAGAAGACAAUCUGGAGUUAAGAAGAGGUCCAUGGACGUUCGAAGAAGAUCUGAAGCUCAUGAAUUAUAUUGCCAAUCACGGCGAAGGAAGAUGGAACUCUCUCGCUAGUUGCGCAGGACUUAAUAGGACUGGGAAAAGCUGCAGAUUGAGAUGGCUCAACUAUCUUAGACCCGACGUACGUCGCGGAAACCUUACUCUCGAAGAACAACUCAUGAUUCUUGAACUUCAUUCUCGAUGGGGAAAUCGAUGGUCGAAGAUAGCGCAACACUUGCCAGGCAGAACCGACAACGAAAUCAAAAACUACUGGAGAACUCGUGUCCAAAAGCACGCCAAGCAGCUCAAAUGUGACGUCAACAGUAAGCAAUUCAAAGACACCAUGCGUUAUCUAUGGAUGCCAAGACUCAUUGAACGAAUCCAAGCCACUUCUUCUCUAAACGCAACCGCCAGCCAAGUGAGCAGCUUACCCUACGACUACGAUGGUGCACAAAUGAUCAUGACUUCGACUACUAAUUACAGUACUCCAGAUAACUCCAGCACUUCCUACGACUCGUUUGGGACUUCGACUCAGGUCUCGUCGGACUUGGGGGUCGGGGAGUAUAAUUACAACAAUAUCCCGAUUAAUCACAACCUUAAUCCGGAUUACUAUCAAGUCAAUCAAGUCGGUAAUUACCAGGACUUCUCUGUUAGUACUCCGUCCGGGUAUUACGGUAAUCAGGGAUUAGAUUUCCAGGAGCAGAACAACACUAAUCCAUGGUUGCACAGCGGCGACACAUCAGACAAUCUUUGGAAUGUGGAGGACAUUUGGUUCUUCCAACAGCAACUCAACGGCAUGUGAAGAGAUUGAAAAAAUAAAAAGAUACAUAUAUACAUCAAUUAUGAUACGCAUCUUGGUAAUUGGUAUAUAUCUCAACUGUUUAAUUAUACGCACAAGAGUUUAUGUACAUCAUGUGGAGUUUAUGAAUUCACUUGGAUCCUGCACCCAACUCAGGGAUACCAUAUGCUAGAGAAAAAAUGGGAUCAAAGUUGCAAUUAGUUGUGUUAUUGUUAUCAUUAAGUUUGUGUUUUUUUUUUUCUUUGUUUGUAAUUUGGGGGGAGAUUGUUGUUUGCAAUUAAUUGGUUAUCUUAUUCUUUGUUAUUGACUAUAUGUACUUGGUGGCUUUUUAAUUUAACCAAGUGAUUGCACUAUAGAAGCAUGUUUCAAGAUGAUUAUGAAAUAAUGGGUAUGAUCAUAUAUUCUAAUA